CGCACGUCAACGGAGAGACGCGGGGCUGUGCAGGAGUGUGCAGCAGCUCAGCGCUAACAAAGCAAUAUUUUUUUUAACCGCCGUUUGUGCUGGACACGGACGUCUUCGGGGGGGGGGGGGGUUUCACUUGACCCACCGGCUUCUGUCUGGAACCCUUCAACCCCGUUUUCUCCCGGGCUCUCGGACGCGCGCGCGCUUCUGCAGCUGUUUUGCAGUCGUUGGGUUUUGGACGUGCUCAGCAGAACCCGUUUAGACAAACGUCCGAACCCGCGCGCUUCCCUGGUUCUGCCUCGCGCACUGUGGAGAUCAGAGGAGCUGUCCAUGUGCUGAAAUCCAGAGCAGCCAGAGGGGUUCGCGUGGAGCUGUCCAGGUGCUGAACACCACGAGACCAGGAGAACAUCUGCAUUUUGGAUGGGAAAGUUUUUCAGGAACCCAUUUAUAUUUUUAUUUUUAAUGUUUUAAAGCUCUAAGAGAGAAAACAAAGAACAGAAGAGAUUUAGUUUGGUCUGCAAAAGUCAUGUCUGCUCCGUUAGUGUUUGCAGGAGAAGGCAGACGCAUCUUUCGCUAAACUGACAGCGGAGCGUUCUGUUUCUCAUUUAAAACCUGAAAAGAAUCAACAGAAGAGUUUCAAUCGGAUGAGUGAAAGAACAGCAGUUUUCCCAUCAUGCCGCGCUCUUUCUUAGUGAAGAAAGUUAAACUGGACGAUUUCUCCAGCGCUGAGCUGGAGAGCUCCUACAGCCGGAGAGAGGAGCUCCGUCUGCAGUUCCAUCAUCAUGACAAAGGGUACACCAGCAACUACCUGAGCCCAAAUCCAUAUGAUGAUGCUGUGGGAAGUGACUCAUCCAUCAUCACCAAAACGCCCUCCCCAAGCCACCCAUCCAUUAUCUAUGGCCACGUUAACAACACCUACUCCGGUAUCCAUGGUGACAUCCAUAGCGACAUCCAUGGUGAUUCAGACCAGCCGGACAGUCCGCGGUCCGAGGUGUCGUCCUCAGCCGGUGGUUACAUCAGUGGAGACACAGCUGUGAGUGAGGGCUACACGGUGGACGCCUUUUUCAUCAUGGAUGGACGAUCGCGGAGAAAAGCCACCAGCAGCCAGAGGGGGGCCCCCCAAAGGCACACCUGCAGCGAGUGCGGCAAAACCUACGCCACGUCCUCCAACCUGAGCCGGCACAAGCAGACGCACAGGAGCAUGGACAGCAAGAUGGCCAAGAAGUGCCCCACCUGUGGAAAGAUUUACGUCUCCAUGCCCGCCAUGGCCAUGCACCUGCUGACCCACGACCUCAAGCACAAGUGCGACGUGUGCGGCAAAGCGUUCAGCCGGCCGUGGCUGCUGCAGGGCCACAUGCGUUCGCACACCGGUGAGAAGCCCUUUGGCUGCGCCCACUGCGGCAAGGCGUUCGCCGACCGCUCCAACCUGCGUGCUCACAUGCAGACGCACUCUGCCUUCAAGCACUACAAAUGCAAACGCUGCAACAAGACCUUCGCGCUGAAGAGUUACCUGAACAAGCACUACGAGUCCGCCUGCUUCAAGGGGGCGUUCUCGCCUCUGGGCUCUCUCAGUGAAUGAGGAGUUCUGCAGGGGAAGCCUGACCUUCAUCUCCUCCCAUUGUUUUACAGAACAGCAGAAAGGGAGGUCUUCACUUCCAAAAACCAUCCUGUGAAGCAAACCACAAAGUAGAAAAAGGGCAUCUGCUUCUAUCAGCAACUCUGCAAUCCGGCUUUUCUGUCUCCUUUUCCUCUGAAUCAAAUGUUUCCAGUCUUGAGGCAGUUUGAGGAGACAUGAAGCUCAGCCCUGCUGGCUCAUUUUGAACAGAUGCCCAGAGCUUUAUGUCCAGAUCCGUUGUGAUCCCAGAUGUGAGCUGAACAGCCCCAAAGCUGUUCCCUCAGGAGAUGAAUCGUGGUCGUCUUCCUGCUCUUUGGACGCCAGAUCUCUCAGUCUGAGGAAAUGUUCUCCUUAGGUUGGAUGCACCUGAUAAAAAAGCACAAAAAAGCACAUGGAUUUUAUUUUACCUUUGUUCAGAGCACAGCCAAGAUUCAGGACUGCUGCUAGAUCCACAAUGUGAUAGAUCCGCAAUGUGAUAGAUCUGCAAUGUGAUAGAUCCACAGCAGCUGUGUUUCCAUGACACAUAUGCGCAAAACUUUGUAAAAAUUCUAGAAAUGUCAUAAAAAACACAAUUUCACUAUUACUCUGUUUACUUUAAAAUCCUAAUUAUGCGAAUAAACACACCAUCUGACGUGAUAUUGUUCAAAAGCUAGGAUGUGAACAACACUUUGAUUGACGGCAGAUCCUUUCAAACUUCUGCCACGGCACCAGCGCUCAUCAUCAUACAUCAAAGGCGGCGUCGGCGUCUUCUUCAGACCGUGGAGCGGCGAGCUCCUUACAUGUGGGAGGGGCCACAGAUGAAGCCGUUUUAGAAAUGGUGGUUGGUGAUUUUCCAGAGGAGCUGUGGAUCCAACAAUUCCUCAUGACACGCUCAACUUCCGAUGAGCUGUGACGCUGUGGGACCUCUGGUGGCGCCGCCAGUGCCUACCCAGAUGGGCACCGCCAUCCGGUUGUUGGUCACGUGACUCAUUUUCUUUUAAAAAAAGUGUUUCCAUUGCAGUUUUCUGAAAUGUCUCAUUCUGGAAACGCCUCAUAAACCACCUCCUCCAAGCGCAAAUCCUUUUUUUUUUUUGAUAAAUGCGACUUUUCUACUAAAUUGCGCUGUUUCCAUUAGGCAAAUUUAUCAUCACAAAUCCAAUGUCAUAGUCAAUGGAAACACAGUAGCUGUGAUAGAUCCACAAUGUGAUAGAUCUGCAAUGCUGAUAGAUCUACUGUGAAAAGGAGACUCAUCAUGAAACCAUCAUGAAAAUAGGAUGCUUUCUUACACUUUGGGUUUUUUUGUUCCAGCAAUUCUACAUUUUGUUUUUGUUUUGUUUACUAUACGGUUGGAAAUAUUUAAGGAAAAUGAUCAUCUUUUAAAUUCAGGAUCAGAUGCCUCAAACAUCCACUGAGCCAUCAGGAUAUUCAUUCCUUCAUUGACUGUCGGUCUAAAUGUUUCAUUUUUUUUACUGUUCUUCUAUUUUAUUUAUUGCUCAGUUAUUUAAGGGCAUUUGACUUUAGAAAUGUCCUCAAAGUGAAACUUGUCAUGAAAUAUCCAAUUAACUGAAGGUGUUUCUGUUGUUUUGUAUUUAUUUUCAUAUGUCUGUAUUAUUUUGCACUUUAGUUUUCUGCCUUUUGUUCCAAAUAUGCCAAAGCAUUUGACACUUUCUGAAUCCUGAGGACAUUUUUACUUUUCUGCCUUUUUAAACAUCAAACACAUUUGCAUGAAAAAAUAACCACAGCUGAAAAAAAUCAAAUCUAUGCCAAUGUUUUCUUCUGUCUGUAGGAAUUUUCUGCCAAACUCCGUAGAUGAGCGGCAGAUGAAGCAAAUUACUGUUGGCGCAAUAUUUGGCUCUCCUCUGAAAGCAAUAAUGCACGAUGUGUCCAGAGGAAAACAGUCUCUCCGGCUUUUGGACUUUUUAUCUGGUUGUGGGAAAAGACUUUUCAGGGAGUCGGUGAACAAAGAGUCACAUGAGGAGGGCUGGGGUUUGGACAUCUGCCUUCAGAGGAAACGUGGCGUUACUUGGAUUCCUUCCGGCUGACUUCAUCACUGAUUGAGAGAAACUUUGGACAUUUUUCUUCCUGUUUACUGUUGGUGAGCUGAGAUAUUGGGGUCUCCAAGGAUUCUCAAGAACAUCCCACUUCCUCUGAAGCAGGGUUCUGGGUCGGGCUGGGACGGGUUCUUUUGUACAUGUUUUAUGCACUGCCUGCCUUGUAUUGUUACUCUAAAGUAUUUUAGAAAGUAGAAUCUAGAUCUCUGGUACUGAAACAUGGACGGAAGCAAAUGCAGCAUGUGAAGAAUUGAAGCUUUCAGAGCAUUUCCAAUAACGUCGGACCAUCUCAAUCCCAGCUUUACCAUCAAGAACUGGCGCUGAUUAUUGUCCUGCAGAGGUUUCAAUUCUUUUUCUGUAAAUGAAUUACAUUUACAGAGAUUUCCUGUCAGUAUUGAUCCAACAUGAAGCUCAAAGCAUUGAAACUUUUCUUUUUUAAGUCUGUAACCCAUUGUGUUAUCCUAGGCACUUUACCAUGGGGAGUGGGGUCAUCUAGACCCACUAGACAGUGCU